AUGGCUUUAUGCCAAAAUUACCAGCUUGCCUUAUUGGCAAUGCUACAUGAAAAUCUUCAAAAUGGUGACAAUAUUGAAAGGCCAAGGUUGAGGGUUCCAAGACAAUUUAAUCCUCGUACUGUUAUGGAUAACUUGACUGAUGAAGAAAUCAGGUUAAGAUACCGCCUGGGUCGUACAGCAAUUACAGAAUUGUAUGAAAAAAUUAAGCAUUACAUGGAACCGAAGACCAAACGUAGCCAUGCUAUUCCUGGCAUCUCUAAGUUGCUAGCUACAUUGCAUUUUUUAGCUUCAGGCUCAUUUCAGACAACAAUAAGUGCAUGUAGUGGAUUCAGUCAGCCAACUUUUUCUCAAACUUUGAAACAUGUACUAGAUGGCAUUUGUAGCUUAACACCUGAGCUGCUACACUAUGACAUGAGUCCAGCUAACUUGGCAAAAAUAAAAAAUGAUUUUUAUACCAUUGCAGAAAUGCCUAAUGUCAUUGGGGCCAUUGACUGCACACAUAUAGGUUUAAUUCCACCAGCUGAAAAAGAGCGUUAUUAUUACAACCGUAAAGGCUUCCAUUCGAUAAAUGUACAGGUGGUCUGUGAUGCAUCUAGUAAAAUUCUAGAUGUUGUGGCAAAGUAUCCGGGAUCAACACAUGAUUCGUUCAUCUUCCGCAACUCACACUUACAUCAACGGCUUCAAGCAGGAGAAGCUGGAAAUGGAUGGCUGCUUGGUGACAGUGGUUAUGCAGUGAAACCAUGGCUUAUUACACCACUACUUAAUCCACUAACUGCUGCAGAAGACAAUUUUAAUUCCAGCCAUAAAGCUACCAGAUGCAUAAUUGAAAGAACCUUUGGUAUUCUAAAAAGUCGGUUUAGAUGCCUAGAUAAAACAGGCGGUUUCUUAAUAUACAAACCAGAGAAAGUAUGCCAAAUUAUUUUCAGCUGCUGCAUUCUUCACAAUUAUGCACUUCUUCAUAAAGAACACAUCGAAGUUGCCAGCGAUCUUAGUCCACAAAUAGAUGAUAUCAUUGAUCACAAUCGAGAAAACAAUGUGGAAGGUGUGCUUAUACGAAGACAACUGAUUUCAAAUUAUUUCCAGUGGUAA